GCGGCUUUCACUUUUGCCACGGCUGUUCGACGGUACGAAGAACGAUUCGGUGGAGAACGGAAUUGGAGAGUAUGGCUUCCAACACUUUUACUUUAUUACUGGGUCUAGUUUUAAUUAGUCUGACGCUACACGCGUCUGCCUACGAUCCGAACGACAAAUCGCUGAAGGAUAUUCUACUGCCGGAUGGUCAGUUCGAGGCGUUUUACUUGAAAGGAGCGCAGGAGGAAGAACAGAACGCGGUGAGACCGGCGCAUCUUCACGGAUCGUUUCAUCAGUUCAAAAAUCCCGCCCUGAUCAACGCUCCGAACAGUGCCGCUUAUGGUUUCCGUUUCGAUGGAAAGCGCCGAUUCAAUUACGAUUAA